AUGUCUGACGCGGAUUUCGAGACCAUCAAGAAGCUCCAGCAGGAGCGGAACGCUGCCGCUGCCGCGAAGAAGGGGUCGCGCACCUUCGAUGCCGCCAACCAGCGAACCGACGAUACCAAGCAGAAGCUGACCGACAGUGCCGACAAUGACCUCUACGAUCGCGAUGGCCCCGACAAGUUUGCCGGAUACCACACGUCGCUGCCGAUGGGUGAUGAUGAUGAAGAGAUGGAGGGAGCUGACAACACGCGACGGCUCGUCGGCCAGUAUACCGCGUCGCGAGACAUGAUUGACGAGUUCGCCCGGGGAAGUGGCGUGGAGGAGGAUGAUAUUUUGGCUGGAAAGGGAGAGAAGAGCGGCCGAAUCGCCGACCGCGAAACCGACUACCAGAAGCGCCGAUUCAACCGUACCCUGACUCCCACACGCGCCGACCCCUUUGCCGAGAAUCGCAAGGACGGUGCCGGCGAGAAUGGCUCUAGCUACCGCGAGAUUAUGGAAGCCCGCGAGCUUGAGAGGGAGGAGGAACGCGUCCGACAAGCCAUCAGAGCGAAGCAGGAAGGCAAGGUGGAUGACGAUGACGCCAAGCCUAUGCUCACUGAUGGAGACAAGGAGAGCGCUGAAGCAGAAUCAGCUGACGCUGCUCCUGCUGGACGAAAGCGCAAGAAGAGAUGGGACGUGUCUUCGGCGCCUGCAGAUACCGACAAAUCCGAGGCGGACGAGGCGGCCAAGCCAAAGCGUUCGCGAUGGGAUCAAGCACCUGCUAUUUCUGCGCCGGGCGCGGAAGCUCCCAAGAAACGCUCGCGAUGGGACCAAGCUCCAUCGGCCACCCCAAUGGGCAACCAAGGACUGGCCACACCGGUGCACCAGUCAUCUGCUCCGGCUUUGCCCACUACUUUUGGCACCGAUAUCUCUGGCCGGAACCUGCCUCUCAGCGAUGAGGAGCUCGACAUUCUCCUUCCUGGCGAGAAUGAGGGCUACAAGAUCCUUGAUCCUCCUCCGGGCUAUGAGCCAGUUCGCGCCCCAGCGCACAAGCUCAUGGCCACCCCAGCUGCUCAAACAGGCUUCAUGAUGCAGGACCCCGAGCAAGUACGACUCAGCGGCAAGCCAAUGCCAGCUGAGAUUCCAGGAGUUGGCGAUCUUCAGUUCUUCAAGCCUGAGGAUAUGGCCUACUUUGGAAAGCUCACCGAUGGUUCUGACGAGAACGCCCUGACGGUUGAGGAGCUUAAGGAGAGGAAGAUCAUGAGGUUACUGCUCAAGAUCAAGAACGGUACUCCUCCUAUGCGAAAGACUGCCCUUCGACAAAUCACGGAUAAUGCUAGGCAGUUUGGAGCCGGGCCACUCUUUGACCAAAUUCUACCCCUUCUCAUGGAGAAGACUCUGGAGGACCAGGAGCGCCAUCUGCUGGUCAAGGUCAUUGACCGAAUCCUUUACAAGCUCGACGACCUGGUACGACCUUAUGUUCACAAGAUCCUGGUCGUCAUUGAGCCACUUCUCAUCGACCAAGACUACUAUGCAAGAGUGGAGGGUCGCGAGAUCAUCUCGAACCUUAGCAAGGCGGCUGGUCUUGCUACCAUGAUCAGCACUAUGCGACCUGAUAUCGACCACGUGGACGAGUAUGUCAGAAACACGACGGCCAGAGCCUUUGCCGUCGUUGCCUCUGCUCUGGGCAUCCCAGCUUUGUUGCCAUUCCUUAGAGCCGUUUGCCGAAGCAAGAAGUCCUGGCAGGCUCGUCACACUGGUGUCAAGAUUGUGCAGCAAAUCCCUAUCCUAAUGGGCUGCGCAGUCCUGCCACACCUCAAGGGACUUGUCGAGUGUAUCGGUCCUAACCUCAACGACGAACAGACAAAGGUCAGGACAGUUACCAGUCUUGCCAUUGCUGCUCUGGCCGAAGCUUCCAACCCCUAUGGUAUUGAGAGCUUCGACGACAUCUUGAACCCGCUGUGGACCGGUGCCCGCAAGCAGCGAGGCAAGGGUCUCGCAGGCUUCCUCAAGGCCGUUGGUUACAUCAUCCCCCUCAUGGACGAAGAAUACGCCAACUACUACACCAGCCAGAUCAUGGAGAUUCUGCUUCGUGAGUUCUCAUCUCCCGAUGAGGAAAUGAAGAAGGUUGUCCUCAAGGUGGUGUCUCAGUGUGCUGGAACGGAUGGUGUGACUGCGGGAUACCUCAAGGAGCACGUCCUGGAUGAGUUUUUCAAGAGCUUCUGGGUACGACGGAUGGCCUUGGACAAGCGCAACUACCGACAAGUGGUGGAGACGACAGUUGACAUUGGCCAAAAGGUUGGAGUCAGCGAGAUCGUGGAGAGGAUUGUCAACAACCUCAAGGAUGAGAGCGAAGCGUAUCGAAAGAUGACAGUGGAGACGGUGGAAAAGAUUGUGGCCAGCCUGGGCGCGGCAGAUAUUGGUGAGCGUUUGGAGGAGCGGCUUGUGGACGGUAUCCUUCAUGCGUUCCAGGAGCAGAGUGUCGAGGACGUUGUCAUGCUGAAUGGCUUCGGUUCUGUGGUUAACGCUCUGGGAACUCGCUGCAAGCCAUAUCUGCCGCAGAUCGUCAGUACCAUCCUAUGGCGACUGAACAACAAGUCAGCAACUGUUCGACAACAGGCGGCUGAUCUCAUCUCCCGGAUCGCCAUGGUGAUGAAGCAGUGCGGCGAGGAUGCCCUUAUGGGCAAGCUGGGCAUCGUGCUCUACGAGUACCUGGGUGAAGAGUACCCCGAAGUUCUUGGAUCUAUUCUGGGUGCUCUACGAUCGAUUGUCACUGUCGUGGGUAUCGCGCAGAUGCAGCCACCCAUCAAGGACCUGCUGCCACGACUGACGCCCAUCUUGCGAAACCGUCACGAAAAGGUUCAGGAGAACACCAUCGACCUGGUCGGCCGUAUUGCGGAUCGUGGACCCGAGAGCGUCAACGCGCGAGAGUGGAUGCGAAUCUGCUUCGAGCUGCUCGACAUGCUCAAGGCUCACAAGAAGGGUAUCCGACGAGCAGCCAACAACACAUUUGGUUUCAUCGCCAAGGCCAUUGGUCCUCAGGAUGUGUUGGCGACUCUUCUCAACAACCUUCGAGUGCAGGAGCGUCAGUCUCGUGUCAACACCGCCGUCGCUAUCGGUAUCGUGGCCGAGACUUGUGCUCCGUUUACCGUUCUCCCCGCGUUGAUGAACGAGUACCGAGUCCCUGAGCUCAACGUGCAGAACGGUGUGCUCAAGUCUCUGUCUUUCCUCUUCGAGUACAUUGGCGAGAUGGCGAAGGACUACGUCUACGCUGUGACGCCGCUACUUGAGGAUGCCCUCAUCGACCGUGACCAGGUGCACCGUCAGACGGCAGCCUCUGUGGUCAAGCACAUUGCUCUUGGCGUGGUUGGCCUUGGGUGUGAGGACGCCAUGGUUCAUCUCCUCAACCUCCUUUACCCCAACCUCUUUGAGACCAGCCCGCACGUUAUCGACCGUAUCGUCGAGGCCAUCGAGGCCAUCCGUAUGGCGGUCGGACCGGGACUUGUGCUCAACUACGUCUGGGCGGGACUGUUCCAUCCGGCCCGCAAGGUCAGGACGCCGUACUGGAGGCUGUACAACGAUGCGUAUGUUCAGGGGGCGGACGCGAUGGUGCCAUACUACCCGAACCUAGAUGAGGAUAAGGUAGACCGGCCGGAGCUGGCAAUCGUGCUGUAA